AUGGCCAUGGCACUCCCCACAAAGUUCCACAAGAUCGAGAGGAUGGGCCGCAAGGCAAAGCGCGGCGGUGCGAAGAAGGGCGUCCGUGACGCCGAGAAGACGAAGGUCGCGCCGGCUGACUGCGCCUCGCCGGACGGGGAGGGAGGCAGUGCCAGUGCGGCCGCCGGGCUGCCGAUGGCCAACCUCGUGCGCCUCAUGCGGCAGGUGAUCCCCAAGGGCGUCAAGGUCUCCACGCGCGCCAAGCACCUCACCCACGACUGCGCCGUCGAGUUCGUCGGCUUCGUCGCCGGCGAGGCGUCCGAGCAGGCCAGGGCGCAGCACCGCCGCAUCAUCUCGCCCGAGGACUUCACCCGCGCGUUCCAGACGCUCGGGCUCGACGACUACGUCGAGCCCAUGAGCACCUACAUCCGCCGCUACCGCGAGCACCACAACAUCGCUGCCGGCUACGGCGGGUUCGUGACGCGCGCUCCUCCCGUGGCUGCUACGGCGGCGGCGGCGCCCGUCACGGCCCCCGGCGUGCCAUGCUUUUCCGAUGAGGAGAUGCAGCACCUGAGCUCGAUGGUGCUUCCUCCCGCGCAUGGAGAACACGAUGGCGAGGGGAGCUCCUCGGCGUACACGCCGACGCCGGCGGGGCGCUGCUAUAGUUACACUGGAUACAUGUGA